UUUGCCUUCAUUCGCAUUUUAGCUAUUGAUCUGUUCGGUACACAUUAUUUUUUCGUUCUCUUACACGUUCAGUGUGUAUUCUUGCUGGUACGAAAAGAGCGCUAACACCGUGUACCCACAAAUUGAACAGUGAUAUAUACUCGUCGAAAAAAAUUAAAACGAAGAAGAAGAAGAAACAAAAAGAAGGAGCAGCAAUAGCAGCAGUAAAUUUUGUGCGUUUGAGACGAUUAAAAGAUAGUUAUUUUUCAUUUAUUUAUUUAAUAUUAUUAUUUUGUUAUUUGAUUUUGCAAUCGGUUUAGUGUUUUUGUCGUCUCGUAUAUCGAACUGUCCUUUUUGAGAAUUUUACAAUUUACAAAAAGUAUUUUUUUUUGUUGUUGUUUGUAGUGAAUUUUAAUUUUUGAAAUGAUAAUAUUGUGUUUGGUGACUUGAGAAUCAGCGAAUAAAAAAUAAAAAGAGAUAUACAGUUUUUUAUAUGAAAGUUACAAAGUGAACGAAAUUUAAACACAAACCGGCCAGCCAAUCAUCGAAAUAUAUAUAUACAUACAUUAUAUUUGGCAAACGAUUUGAACGAAAGAAAAAAAAGGAGUAAAAGAUCAACAUUUUUUUAGAGGUGAUUACAGUGUAUAUGUGUGAUAAAAAGAAAAUAGAGCCCGAAACGGAACGAAAUUAACGAUAAUGAAAUUAGUGCUUGUUGUUCGUGUGUCUUGACAAUAAACCCACUUGAUUGUGCUUCGACUCUAAAUACACAUAGCAGCAAUUUGUGCGCUCGUCGAUUGAGAGUUCAUUGUUGCAAAAAGAUUAAUUUCACCUCAAUCAGCUGUGACACAAACACAAUCAAUACAGACAGAACGUGUACCUUAUUUUUCAUUUGGUAUAGAAACAAAAACUCUUCAAUAUCCCAAAAUUGCACUAAUUUAUACCAGUAAGGCUCCUCCUCUAAUGAAAGCGAUAAAAAUGCACGAAAAUCGGAAUAAUAAUAUGGAAUCAUUUUACGGCGAUAAUGGACAGUAUGUUGCUGCCGCUACUACCACAACAACAACACAAACACGAUCAACACGUAACCUCAAACGGCCGGAAAGUUUGGAUUUAAAUUUAGCCGCCAACAAUAAUAAACAUCCCAGUGGUAAAAGGGCACGUUGUCAAAUCCCAUCCGCUGUACUUGCCUCACCCGAUUUAAAUAUGCUGAAAUGGGGCACACCCGACCUCGAAAAAUUUAUCAUGUCGAGUGAUCCAUUACAAACGCCCACACCUGGUUUGGGAAUGUUUGCUCCCACUACGAUAAAGGAAGUGACAAACGAGCAGGAAGAAUAUGCGCAACCAUUUGUGGACGCGCUCAAUAACUUACGAAACAGCGAUAAAGCACAUCUACACAUACAAUCACAUCAGCAACAGCAAAAUCAACAGCAACAACAACAACAACAAAACGAAUUCACAACAUCAACCGGUGCCAUUGUGGCGAAUCCAGCCAUUACCACUACAUCUUCUACGACAUCGACCAUUCUAAGCAAAGUGGGUAUGAGUGGUGGAUCAGUGACGUACACAAACCUAGAUGAUAGUUACCCAGUUACAAUAAAAGAUGAACCACAAACUGUACCAAAUUCACCGCCAAUGAGUCCAAUCGAUAUGGAGAGUCAGGAGAAGAUAAAAUUGGAGCGAAAACGUCAACGAAAUCGGGUGGCGGCAUCGAAGUGCCGUAAACGAAAAUUGGAACGCAUUUCAAAGCUGGAGGAUAAAGUAAAAAUUCUCAAAGGCGAAAACAUUGAAUUGAGUGGUGUGAUCAAAGGGCUCAAAGAGCAUGUGAUUAGUUUGAAGCAGAAAGUCAUAGAGCACAUAAACAAUGGUUGCAGUAUACCAACAGCAUACUUUGUUCGGUCGUCAAAAACUGACAGUGAUAUUAAGUAGAAUAACAAUUUUCUGUAGAAAUAUUUUUCUGCCAUGUCGCAUUCGUUGUUGAGUGCUAGAAGAAAGAGAAUAUGAAUAUUUUUAUGUAAGCGCAAUGAAACACGUAUGUACAUACGUGCAUUUUUUUACUUUUGUACAGCAAAAAAAAACGAUUAGAUCGUUAUCGAUAAACGAAGAUGAAUUCGAUAUGUCCAAAAAAUCAUAGACAAUUCGAGAAAGUUCUUUGUCAUUCACCUCCAAAAUAGACAUCUUCUGAAUAUAUGAACCGCUUAGAAUAAAAGUAGAUAAUGGUAGAAAGUUGAAAAAAAUCUCAAUCAUAAAGUGUUAUGAAAAUAAUACUCAAUCAAGGAAAAAAGUGAAAAUGAA